GGAGGAAAAUGACAGCGAUUUUCCGAAUAAAAACAUGUGGAUUCCCGAAGACCGUCUUAUUUGGGAUAAUGAUCGCAAAGAGCGGCGCUGCAUGCGGCAACAGAGGCGGGUCUUUAAAGGGGGACAUUGAAACGUUUUAAUCUACAGUUCGACGUUGUUAAAACCGACGGGUGCUGGAGCUUUGCGCGAAUAUUCGUAACCGAAACAAAGGGGAGGCGAACUGUCACCGGCGAUCAUGAAGGUGGUGCUGGCUAACUUACUUGCGCUGCUCUUCAUGGGCACUUGCGCCUGUGUUUUCUACGUCUUAACCAGGCUGGAAAGCAGGUUGGAGAGACACAGGCUUGGGUUUCGCGCACCGGGGGGUGCGUCCGCUCACCCGGGUCGCCUGGAUCUCCCCCCUAAAACUUUCCGGGCGCUACUCGCUGUGCCCGUCGCACAAAAACUGCUGUUCGGGACCGUUGUUGAUGUUCACAACCUCAGCGGCCAGGGCGAGCGGUUCGACACGUUCAGAGAUAGCAAAGCCUCACGACUGAGCGUAAACAAUAGAGAUGAUCCGCUCAAGUUAAGCGAUUUGGUUGAGGAUGGGAUUUUUUGGAGCGAACAGCUGGAGGCUCGCUCGCCGAAGGGCUUCACGGAGGAACACACCCGGAAUUGGAGAGCGAGAACCAGGGGUCAUCCCAUUGUGUCCCUGGAACCGGGCUGUGGCAGGAUCUCCAACCGACUGGCCACUUUCUCCGACGGAACCAAAGCCUGCGUGCGGUACGGAAUAAACGCGGACCAGGUGCAAGGCGAAACGCUGACAUAUUACUUGGCCGCCUUGCUUUGUAUUCCCAACCUGCCGCCGCUUGCGCUCUCCCAGCUGAAUCUGGAGAGCGAACAAUGGGCUGCGGUGAAGGGGAGCAUGGCCAGCUUGCAGUGGACCGGCAAAGCGAUCGUGUCGCUCACCCAGUGGGUCGCUAACUUAACCGGAGUGGUCACCCCGGCGCCACUCCGACAGGAGGGCAGGGGGCUGCACCCUUUGAGGGAAGAGCUGGAGAACCAGACGCUGGAGGAACUGCUGGAGCUGGUGCAGUGGUCCGACCUCAUCCUGCUCGACUACCUGACGGCUAACUUCGACAGGCUCGUCAGCAACCUCUUCAGCCUGCAGUGGGACUCGCGGGUGAUGGAGAGGGACACCAGCAACCUGCACAGAACGCCGCGCGGCGACCUGGUUUUCAUCGACAACGAGGCCGGGCUGGUGCACGGCUACCGGGUGCUGGAUAUGUGGGAGAAGUACCACAGCGCCCUUUUGGGCUCGGUGUGCGUGUUUAGGAGAAGGACGGCGCAGCGAGUGAUCGAGCUACACCGGCUCAGGGACGCAAGGACGCGACUGCUGCGGCUGUACCGGGACAACGAGCCGCUGGCUCCCGAAUUGGGCUUUCUCUCGGACGAGCACGCCGGGAUCUUGCAAAACAGAAUAGACCGACUAUACAAACACAUUUUACACUGCAAAGGGAAGUACAGCCAGUUAUAAACCACGCAAGACAAAGGGGGGUGGGGAUAAGACAAUAACACCUGGGUGUUUACUGUUCAUCCGUUUCUGAAAGUAAUAUGUUGUCUGUUAGACACACCUGUAGUAAAUUAUCGCGCUUCGUGCGAACUGUUAGAUCUGCUGAAAGAACUCAAUGAUCUACCUCCUGUGGGAAAAAAAAAAAAAAUGAAAGGCUUGUCCACAUGUUUAAAGACGAAUUACAUUUAACUGCUAUGUUUUAAAGUAAAACAAACGCCGUGCUUCGCGUCUAAUUGAGCCUUAAACGAUACUUAUUGCAAGCGUCUGUCACUUUCCAUGUCAUCUUUUUGUGAUAAAUUAUUAAGGGGG